AUGGACAAAAAAACUCUCUUGAAGUGGAUUUCCGCUUUUGUGAUUUGGUUCACCACACUUAUUGGAAGCUCCUUACCACUUUGUAUCAAAAGCAUAAGGUGGCAAUCGCGUUUAGAAGCUCUUGCAGGUGGUGUUUUCCUUGGUGCAGGUUUGGCCCAUCUUCUUGCUGAUUCCUUCGAAGAAUUUGAUAAAAUGGAGAAGAAGAUUGAUUAUCCGCUCGCUCCAGCGAUUUGCAUUGGCACAUUCGUUAUUUUCACAUCUAUCGAGUUGUUCUCAUACGGAGAACAUGAUGAAGAAUUCCAAAUUGGCGAUGAGCAUGAUCAUCAUGGUCAUAACAAGCACGAAAAGCUCGAAAACAAGAGCGAGCUUAAUUCGAAUUUGCUCGAAUCUAACGAAAGCGAAUACGUUACAAGCUAUUUUUCAUCUCAAUGCAAUGCUCUUUCCGUCCCAGCUUCAGCCCUUUACAUCAUUAUGGAUAUCCAUUCCGCAAUCGAAGGUUUGGCUCUCGGCAUUAUGAAGGAAUUAGGCAGUAUCAUUGCCAUUUUCUGCGCAAUUGUCGGACAUAAGCCAGUCGAAGCCUUCGCUCUUUCCUUAAUUAUCCUUAAGGAUAAACCAAACAAGAUACUAUUCUGGGUCAUGGUUAUCGUUUACACAUUAAUGUCACCAAUAGGUCUUAUUGUUGGUAUUUUCAUUGCAAAUAUGAAGAGCGGCUUGACUACAGGAAUUAUUGCUGCUUUUUCAGCAGGCACUUUCUUGUUCGUUGGCUGCCACGAAUGGGCUGAAAUGUUUGAACAUAAAGCAACAUGGGCUUGUGGAGAGAAAUUCUGGCACUUCAUGAUGUUCUUUAUUGGAGUAUUGUGGAUGCUCUUGAUUGCAAUCGUUGAAACUUUCGCUGAUUAA